UCGACCUCGCUAAACAGUACGAUCGAUGCAAGAUGAUAACUCGGAUGAUUGGUGCUGCAAUUCUAUCGUGCAUCUAGGCGUUCGCCGAUACUGCAACCGAAGAUAAAUCGAUCUUCAGUCAGCCAGUUUGGGAGUUAUGCCACGAAAUAAUAUUCAGCACACAUUUCGUCUUCACAAACACCGCAGAAUUAAGGAGAAUUGUUCAAUUAAAUAACAAUCAAUUUAAAAAGGAAGAAAAACGCAUUUGGAAACAAAUUCAGAAACAAAAAUACCAAAGAUUGAAUGCAUCCUGUUGAUGCAUUGUUUCUGACGUACGGCGAUCGAGAAGAAAAUAAUUUGUUGAAAAAAAUAAAUAUUAACAUCUCAGCACAUACGUACAGUUUUCAAGGAAUAUUUACAAUUAUAGAAAUUUUCUGCUUUAUAUAAUCUAUUAUAAAAUUUAUUGAGAAGCAAAGUACAGAUUUUUAUAACAGAGUUUUUCGCGAUAAUUUUUCACAAAUGGGUCUUUUGCGUCAGCUACUAUUUGGUAAAUAUCUACUGGUCACCAACACGGUAAGCUGCGGCUUGAUGAUGGCAGCAGGAGAUGUAAUCCAGCAACGCAGCGAACAUUGGAAAAAAAAUUAUUUUCACAAAUACUUCCCGAGCAGCGUUAUGGCAGCGUCGCCGGAAGAUGAAGAGAUGAAGAUAACUUCCUGCGCUUCUUCGUAUGGGCACGAUUACACGAGAACCAGGAACAUGACGAUUGUGGGGUUGCUCCAAGGCCCGUUUCAUCAUUGGUUCUACUUGUUUUUGGAAAGAAUUUUGCCAGGCAGAAGCGCAAAAUCGGUUGUUAAGAAAACGCUUCUCGACCAAUCCAUCGCGAGUCCCACGUGUCUGGCAAUAUUUUUCGUCGGCCUCGGAAUUAUGGAGCAUCGUGAAAUCGAGGAGAUUUGCAAGGAGCUGAAACUAAAGUUUGCUGACACAUGGAAAGUUGAUUGUUGUUUUUGGCCACCCACGCAAUGUAUUAAUUUCCUCUUUGUGCCCUUGCAUUAUCGAGUACUUUAUACAAAUGCUAUGACGAUGGUCUAUGACAUUUUUCUGUCUUAUAUAAAAUACGACGCUGAUUUUGAAUGAUAAGAAGAAAUCUCACAGUCUGAAUGGACUAGUCUAAAUAAAA